CUCCUCUUCCUCCUUUUCCUUUGUACAUCGCAAUGCAUUGUCGCGCGUGUUACAGUUUUUAAUUUGGCGCGAAAGCUGAGUAUCAAGUACAGAAGAUAACGCCGCAGGUGGCAUCACCUGGACAAUCGGGUCCUUGUCAAGGGACAAGCGACACAAACGCCGAGCGGCUUAUCUGCGCUUUCAUGUAAAGCAGUGGGUCGUCACCUCCGCGCAGCUGCUUUGCAUCUCAAACUCUUCUUUAUUGUCGCUCGUUUGCGUGACAAUCAAAAGCGCCGAGGCAGAGGUGGCGGACACACACGGAGUACCUGGCUGGACCCUCUGGCUUAGCGCACACUUCACAGGACACACGAUGAGUAAAGAGGGCUGCGUGACGUUCCUGCUCAUCACCUUCAACUUGGUGUUCUGGGCCUCGGGAGUCACUCUGAUUGUCAUCGGGGCCGUCUCUCACGUGUCCUACGGUCACUACACGGCCUUCACCGGUAGUGGACUGUCCCACGCCGCCAUUGUGCUCAUUGUGGUCGGCCUGGUCGUCGCCAUCAUCAGCUUCCUGGGGUGCUUUGGGACCUGGAAAAAGGAAGUGCAUGUGCUGCAGUGGUUCACAGCCCUUCUGAUCCUGGUGCUCGUCGUGGAGCUGCUGGCUGGCAUUGUGCUCUACGCGCUCCGCUCGAAGGUGGAGCAGAAGCUCAGACAGCAGGCGCGCCAAGUGAUUCGGGAAUAUAAUGCCAGCCUGAUGGACCUGAUAGACGACAUUCAGGUUAAGUUUCACUGCUGCGGAGCCGACAAUUACACCGACUGGUUUGCCAGCCCCGGCUGGAGGAACAACGGCUCUGUUCCUGAUUCCUGCUGCCUUGAGUGGAAAGAAAAUUGCGGCCGAAACACGACAGCGCGUGGCAUCUAUCAGCAGGGCUGUGUGGAUGCGUUCAAAGGCUUCCUCGAGAAGAACCUGGCCUGGGUGAUGGUGGCCUGCACAGCUCUGGCGCUUUUCGAGAUCCUCGGCGCCGUGCUCGGCUGCCUCGCCUUUUCCACCAGAAGUAGCUAUCAGCACAUGAAGUGAAGUGAAGUGAAGCGGAGUCACGGCGUCCAUGAUGAGUGCCCACCUGCUUUUUGCGCCUCUUCAGCUGUCUGACAGACUGGUUUCCCUUUUCUGCCUUCUUAUGAAGAGUAAAAUAAUUUUAUCCUAAUAUUUUGAA